AUGCAUAUUCUUAUUCGUUGUUGCUUGGCUCUUGUUAUUCUAGCAGUAAUCGUCGAUUCUCAAGGUGCUCGAGGCGGCGGUGGUGGAUUCCGUGGAGGUGGUAGUACUUUCCGAGGAGGAUAUCGAUCAACUAGUAGUGGAUGCACUGGAAGCGGCUGUCCUAGCGCAGGUGUCAUUGUUGGUGCUGUCAUGGGCAGUGUUUUCGGUUUGCUUGCUAUUAUAUUCGGUGCAAUUUAUUGCUAUCAUCGAUCGAAAGGAAGACCAUUGCAUUCGAAUCCGAAUUUUGUCGCGGCAGCGUCUGGUAACCAGGAUCAAAUGUAUUCGAAAGCUUGUUUUGAAACAGGUGUUUGGUCUAGUCGUUAUCAUCAACAUAACGCGUGGCACGGGCCCUAUAAGUUGUCAUUAACAUUUGAUUCUAAAAUGUCAAGAGUCGACGGGCAAGGAUCAGACGACGUUGGUUCAUAUACUAUUGAGGGUGUUUAUUCAUAUCAGACGAAUCGUUUGGCUUUGACUAAAAUAUACACACCAGGUACAGGUAACGCCCUGGAAAACUAUGGACAUAAUGUGACAUUACAGAUGGAUUGGAAUGUAGCAACGAAUCAGUUCGAAGGAAAAUGGUACAUUCAAUCAAAGAAGUAUCGCGGAGUUGAUAAAUUCGAACUGAAAUUUCAUCAAGCUACAGAGAUACCAUAUCAUCAACCGAAAUAUUGA